GUUAGACAGACGCCGCGCCAGUCCGCUCCGCAGGCGAGGAUCCAUCAUUUGCGCUCCAUUCAGUUACGAUCUGCGGUCAGUAAACACUGUGAAGGAGAUACAAUCGGUAGGAUCGACGACACUCCGCACUCCACGUCGAACCUGUCUGCUGCGACAACUGAACAUGCACCACUGGCAAGGUCACCCAUCUUCUUCGCGCUCCGGACCAAGCGCGCAACGUCUGAAGCCUCGAUAUACGGCCAUUUGAACCCGGAGGAUAUCUUGGGCGCUCAUUGCGAAGACGAUGCGCAGAGAGUCACAGUUGACCGGUCUGCUCUAUCUCCGCUCGUCUCGCAUCGUGACGCAUGGCACCAGGCACAAAGUCUGAAAGCAGCAAUGGCGACAGUGCGAAGUCGCCGGGAGGCGAAGAUACUGCCGCUGCUGAAGCCACACUGAAGGCGAGGCUUUCGCGAAAGCGAACCAAGACGGGUUGCCUCACUUGUCGCAAGCGACGCAUCAAGUGUACAGAGGAACGACCGGUAUGCCGCAAUUGCAUCAAAAGCAAGCGGCAUUGCGAAGGCUACAACCAGCGCGUAGUCUUCAAGCCCCCGCAGUUUGACUAUCGACCGGCACCCCAUGGAGGAGCUCACAUCACCUUCCAGGCGGGCCCGGUGCCUGGCCCGUCCAUCCCCUACCGCACCGAAUACCUGCCACCACAGCCUUCGUUCGGAACGCCCUUGCAGCUACUGCCAAGGCCGUUGGAGACUUUUGUUCCUCCUCCGAUUCCGCAACCACACGCCUACGGGCCACAGCACCAUUACUCGCGAUCUCACCAGUUCCCGCUGGGUGAUAAAGCCCAGAAUGGCGCUGGGUAUGCGCCGCCGUCAACGUCGCCAAUUCACACACAACAGCCACUGCAGCCUCAUGACUUUGCUGUGCAGCCCCCGACUAGGCUUCACCAGACCUUUCCGACCAACUCUCGCGAACCUCACACCCAGCUGCCGCCUGGGGCUAUACCAUUCAGGCCGGCAGAUCCCUAUCCGCCGCAAACGCAGCGACCUACGACAUUCAUACAGGAUCCGUCAUCAGCGGCACAGGGUGCGCAGUGGUAUCGAGAGCCGCUCAUGUUACCGCCAAAUCUUGGCGACAUGGGGCUCAGAAGCUCACCGGCUGCGCAGAAUGAACCAGCUCAGACCAAUGGUUAUGCCUUGCAUGACCACGUCGCACCUAAUGUACCACGCGCACACGAAGGGACCCCAGAUCUCUUUCGCCCGCUCUCUCAGCCUCCACUAGAGAAUGGAGCGCUCUACAACCAAACGGCUUACGUUCCUAUGGCGCCUCUCCCGCAGCCGGUUAAUGAGCUAACACCAGAGUUCUGGGAACAUGAAGCACACCAUCCUCCGUCAAAUACCACCAACCAAUGGCUCAGCGAGGCAGCCGUAGAAGUGCAGGAUGACGAUUACUACGACGUCAACUCAGACGAAGAGAUGGACAUUGAAACCAGUGCAUUGGUGGCCACCGACCGCGAUCGCCAGCGCACCCUUAGCCGAAUUCUCCACGGCAAUCAUAUCUCGAUUCAGGAUAUGCAAACUCGACGGUACGAUACUUUUUUGUACGAUGGCAUGCUAGAUGUGUACAGAGUCGAAGAGCACGCCAAUCCUUUGAAGAAUGCUGCGACAGCUCGUGUAUUUGCGCACUUCAUCUCCGUGACAGGGCCUAGCUUAUCGAUCUUUGAGCGACAUCCCAGGAAUACCUCCGUUCUUUUCACUCAAGGACCUAUACCAUUUUCACAACAAGGCCUCUGGACGUACACUAUGCCGCUUGCUGCGUUACAUCACCAGGGCCUUCUUCACGCCCUGCUGGCAAUCGCAAGUUUGCAUAUUGCCCGAUUGACCGGUGCCUCUGUCACCCCAUCAAUGCAGCACUACGCCUGGGCGUUGAGAAGAGUGCACCAAUGCGUCUGUCAUCCGAAGAAGCGGCUCAAGCUCACAACGAUUGCAGCUUCGAUGUUGCUCGGCUUUUACGAGAUCAUGACUGCUGAUCACCUGAAAUGGAAUACACACUUGGCGGGCACGAGGCAGCUGUUUGUGGAGACCGAUUUCGUGUCGAUGACAAGGAAGCUUAGGAGCAUGCAGGUAGACCACUUGGCACGUCAGCCAACAUCUAUGGGAAGGAGAGGCUCUGAGUGCUUCUCAGCUGUGUCACCGGAUGGACUGCUUGAACAGAUACCUGUGAUCGACGAGAAUGUGGUAAGUACGCUCGUGGGAAAGGAAGUCCGCUGGAGCGAGCACGGUCAUGUCAUGACACCUCAAUCUGCUCUGCCGCAGGAACUCGAUCUUGGGAGGUUCGAGGUUUUAAAGGACCUGUAUUGGUGGUACUGCAAGCAGGAUGCAUACCAGAGCCUCAUCAGUGGCAACGAACUUCUCAUGGACUAUGAGCGCUGGGCAGACUGUCCACCAAGAGCGCCUCUGGGCAAGCCAGAUGCUGUCUACGGCACCUUCGACCAUCUCGUGCUCUUGCUUGGCAGGAUCGCUGACUUCUCUUCGCGUGAUCGAGCAAGAAAGUUGAAACAGAUGGAACAAAAUGGUGGGCAUUGGAGGCCAGCGCCCAGCAUGAAGGUCCCACAACCGCCACAGGGACCAUAUCCCCCUCCUACUCCCUUAUCCGCCAACGGCACGAUACCCACUCUCGGCGCUCACUCGGCUCUUCAGUCAGACCAACCACAGGCCCCUCCGCAGCCAAUGUUCUACGGCAUGGCGCCUCCGCCGCGUCAGAAUGUUCAGAUGCCAUCGUCGUACGUUCCGGUCAACAAUGGUUCGCACACACCUCGAAGUGCGUCAGCCCAAUUGCCAAUCGACCUCCGCCUUGCGACUCAGACUGCUCUGGAAGAGUAUGGUAGGAUAAGAGCGGCUUUGUUCCACUUUGAGCAACAACUCGGCGAACAUUUUCAGGAGCUGUCCUCGGACUAUCAGCCACCGUUGGAAACUCCAUUCGGCCCAGCAAUAUUUUUCCGCUCUUACGACAUUGGCUGCCUUUGGGCUAUCUACUACAUGGCAGUCAUCAUCGCGAUUCGGGCACAUCCGCACAUGCCACCCGCGGCCCACAUGGCUGCGGGCAUCGCUGCCCAAGAGACUGCCGUCUUUGCGCAAAGAAUUGGUCAGAUCGUCGCUGGCAUUGUUCCUGGAUCGCCCGACCAAUCGCUGAACCCAAGUCUCGGUGCCGCGCUCUGCGAGACCUGCAUGCCGUCGUUCUUUGCGGCUGUACAAUACUCUGACCCACGUCAGCGACACGAGACCGUGACUCGAAUCUACAGCAUCGCGCAGAGAACAGGCUGGGGCAGCGCCGAGCUCAUAGCAAACGGUUGCGAAACAGCGUGGGUGAAGGCUGCAGCCGCUGGAAGAGGUCCGCCUUAUCAGCGAGUCGUGCGGCGCGAGCAAAGCGACGACCCGCGCUUGAACGGCAGUUGGGAGACGCUAGACCCGAACUCCAAACCCAACGAUGGGGACGAUGGGGAUCGCAGGCUUGUACGAACAGAAGCGAAGGCGCGGCUCAACUGGGCAAUUGGGAUCAUGGGAACAGAGGAUGAUGUUCUCUAAAAGAAUUGAGCGUUCAGCCACGUUAUAAACCACCAUCGAGACAUCGACCUAACUCCCUAAUCGUCGGCACCAUGUUGUAAUGGCUAAGUCUCGACCAAGUGCGCCUUCAGCUUGCGCAGCUCGCCGCGUAGAUCCACUAGCUGUUCUUCCUUUAUCCCAAGCUGAUCAGGCGAGCA